GUCGAGCGCGCUUCUCAUCAUUGCGGUGGGCGAGGAGAUCUGGGUUGAGUAUGAAGAACUUGGACCGCGGAUCGCCCACAAGCGGAUCGUCCUGGGAUGCUCCACCCACUCAGUGCAGCACAUCGCGGUGCUCACCCCCGACGUCAGCGUGCACGUCGAGGAGGGCGACGCCGCCAACACCGAUGUGCGCACCUGGCGGAAGGAGUGGCCUGCGGGGAUCGCCCCUCGCGGGCGCGUCUAUUCCGCGGGCAUCAGGAAGUGCGACUUCGCGGGCGCACCAGCCGUGGCCCAGCUCGCACAGUCCUGCGUCGUCGGGGCGGCGAGGCUCGUGGAGCCCGAUGGAGGGCCUGGGCCCCUUGGCUGCGGCAUCGCCACGGGCGCGCCCGCCGCCAUGGGCGCCGCGGGCGCCGCGGCGGCCCCCGAUGGCGCCCCCGCCGCGCCUCCCGCCGCCGCGGCGCCCGACGCUGGCGGCGCACUCGCGGGCUUGGCCGCCCUGGUCGCUGGGCCUCCCCCUGACGGGCCAGCUCCUGCUCUCGCUGCUGCGGAUCCGCCCCCGGGCGGCCCACCGAGGGAGAACGCGGCGGACCUCCGCACGCUGCCGACGGCGCUCGAUCUUCGGGGCCAGCGGCAUCUCGAGUAUCGGGACAGCGUGCACCCCCUGCGGCCGACGGCCUUCGCGGACUGGCCCGUCCCAGGGCCCGCCGCCUACCACUGGGCGGCGGUGUACCAGAUGGAGGAUAG